AUAGCCCCGCAAUCGAUAGGCGAGGGCCCGACGGUGUCACAGCUCUAAUCACAAGACACCCAAAAAAUAAAUAAAUAUAUCCCAAUAUUAUAACCACCGAACCUGCACAAUAGCGGAGCACCCAAAGGCCAUGUCGUGGGUCUCCGACUACAAGUACACCUGGACGGAGCGGCUGGCGCUGCGGACGCUGCGCGCCUGCGGCCACAUUCCGCACCACGUCGCCUUCGUGAUGGACGGCAAUCGGCGGUUCGCCCGCUCGCAGCAGAUAGAUAAGAUCGAGGGCCAUUCGCGGGGCUUCGAGAAGCUGGCCGACUGCCUGCGCUGGUGCCUGGACGUGGGCGUCCGCGAGGUGACCACCUUUGCCUUCAGCAUCGAGAACUUCAAGCGCUCCAACGAGGAGGUCGAGGGUUUGUUCAAUCUAGCCCGCGAGAAGUUCGCCCGGUUGCUGGACGAGACCACCCGGCUGAACGAGCAUGGCAUCCGCAUCCGGGUGAUCGGGAACAUCGAGCUGCUGCCACUGGAUCUGCAGAAACUGGUCGCCUCGGCCAUGCUGAGCACGGAGCGCAAUGACAAGCUCUUCCUGAACGUGGCCUUCGCCUACACGUCGCGCGACGAGAUCACGCAGGCGGUGGAGACGGUCCUGCGGCACGGCAGCCAGGAUCUGGGCGCCGCGGACAUCAGCGAACGGCUGCUGGAGGAGUGCCUCUACACGCGGCACUCGCCACCACCGGACUUGGUAUUCCGCACCUCCGGCGAGACCAGGCUGAGCGACUUCAUGAUGUGGCAGCUAAGCACCUCCGUGCUCUACUUCAGCAACGUCCUGUGGCCGCAGAUCACCUUCUGGCACUUCCUGGCCAGCAUUCUGGCCUACCAACGCGACCGCUGGCAGCUGGAGGACUUCCGGCGAGCCGAGAGGAUGCAGAGCUACCAGCUGGCCAAGACGAGCGACUUCUACAGCGAGCGGGUGCAGAAGUUCCUCGCCACCAUCGACGAGGACCGAAGGAAACUACUCGUCCGACUGGCCGCCAAUUAACGUCCUUAAACUCCCUCCGAUUUCAGCAUAUCGUCGUUUGUGAUAUGACUGGGGAAUAAAUCCGUGUAAAUAACAUUUAUGUAUGUACAGCUGCGACUGACUUGCAGCCUCCUUAACAAGGUUUUCACAUGGAAAUAGGUGUUCCGUUGGAGAUUCCUUCACUUAAUGCACUUGUUUAAGACAUUCAACUCAUGAUUUGUGGCCGAAAUGUGCGCUUACCUAGAUUAUUUGCAAUUUUCAGUUUUAAAAUAAGUACCACAAAGUGUUUGCCCUUCGUUUGGUUAGUAAAUUAUAAAACAGAA